UCGAGCAUUAGCAAUAUUUUUGUGGUGUGUGUAUGCGGUGUCUCCCAAAUAGUGCGCUUAAAAUCAUUCACACUUUGUUCAGUCAUUUUCACAUUUAGGGUAAAAUAAAGCAGCAUUAUGUCUUCACGCUACCGUCUCGGUAAAUUAGUUAUUUGCGGCCUUACGACCGGCGUAGCUGCAGCAGCGGUGGUGUACAAGUCCAACGGAGUUCCAGAUGAUUUGCUCCCCACUGCACUGGCUUCUUGGACCACCAACUUUACUCCAAGCACCAAGUGGGAUUACAAUUGGGACAAACGAGAACCAGCAAGUCUGCUCGCUCCAAACAAGACUGAGAUAGACGGUGCUGAGUACAGCGCUAAACUUCAGAAGCUGAAACCCACAGCAACGCGUCACUUGAUUCUAAUCAGACAUGGUCAUUAUAAUGUAGAUGGUUUGACUGAUGACAAGAGAAUCUUGACUGCUUUAGGCAGGGAACAAACAGACUUCACAGGAAAGAGACUGAAAGACCUAAACCACCCCUACACCAUAAUGUACAAUUCCACUAUGGCCAGAGCAAAAGAAACAGCUGAUAUAAUAGCUCAGCAUCUACCAAAUGUUCCGAGGGAUGAAUGCGACAUGUUGAGGGAGGGGGCCCCUAUUCCACCUGAACCACCUGUUGGACAUUGGAAGCCUGAAAUCAGGCAGUUUUACGAGGACGGAGCUCGUAUAGAAGCAGCUUUCAGAAAAUACUUCCACCGAGCGAGCCCUGAACAGAGUGAAGAUAGCUUUGAGGUUAUGGUUUGUCACGCCAAUGUCAUCAGAUACUUUGCUUGCAGAGCAAUGCAGUUCCCACCCGAGGCGUGGCUACGGAUUGGCCUGAAUCACGCUAGUAUCACAUGGUUAGCCAUCAGGCCCAGCGGACGUGUUUCAUUACGACAACUUGGAGACUGUGGACACAUACCACCUUCUAAACUUAGUUCAGCAUAAGCACAAAUAUGUAUCAUGAAUCCAUCAAAAUCUUCGUUACGAGAAAGCUCCAUUGAAUUUCUUGGAUCAUUAAACUUUAGGAUGAGUAGUUAUUUUUCCUGAGGUUUUCAACAGCACCACUGUGCAUAUUCCACUUAGGUACACUGUUAGUAAAAGCAAUUACAUGGAAAAAACAGGUGUAAAGUGCCCGAGGAAAUGGAUGUGUUAUUAGCCUCUUUCUUCAAUGGAGCAUACCGUGAUGUUACAGCAGGUUGUAGUGGGUUUUAUUGAGCAAUAGUUUGUGAAAUUCAUUUGUUAAAAACAGGAAUUUAGUGGUUCAUCUGGAUUAAGGAAGGCUCACACUAGAGUUUAUACAGUUUGGGUGAGAGUCAUUACUGCAUAUGAUGCAGAGUGCCAAGUGUAACCCGUUAUGGGAUUUAUGGAAUUUGAUGUCCAUUCACAGGCCCGUAACCAGGAAUUUUAUUGAUUUUGUAUAAAAGACAGUAGGGACUAACCCCACCUGUUGCAAGGUGACACAGGGGGAGUUGGACAUUUUUUGAAAAUGAAGGCCCAAGUGUGCUUAUUUGUUUGAGGGUUGGGGAUUGGGUAGGGCCUGUACAUAUGUAUAAUAGACCGGGCCAUUAAUAAGCUAUUGGAUAUUGACCAAUCACAACCCAUUGCACAACCAAAAGUCCGACAAGCAAAAGGUCCAACAUGCUUGGCGCGCGCAGCAGAGUUGUGCAGAAUGGCAUUGGAGAGGCUCACAGGUUCCUGCUCACACGUGCUCAGUGGGCGGAGCCUAAUGGAUCAGUCUAUUGUUGGUUGGUUUGUUUGUUUGUUUCUUUCUUUUGGGUGAGGGUGACAUGGAAUGUUUGGAAUUUAAUGACAUCUGAUGUGUGCUCGUUGGCUCAUUGUUUUAUCAUCUAUUUACCUCAAAGAAGAUGAAGUCAUAUUUUAUUAACCAGGGUAAUUUUUAGUGUACAGAAUGUAUUCAGCAUCUUCUUUUAUUUAAUAAUCAGCAAUAAGCUUAUUGAAGAUGUGUCACAUGCACAUGCAAGCCGAUAAGACAAAAUGUAAGUUAUCUAGGUUAUUUGCAUGUUGGAACUUUAAUUUACUGCUUGAAGAAUUCAAGGACUCUUUUUGGCAAUAACUUGUUAAGGAAUGUCAACAAUUUGGAUGUAAGUUUGUCUGAUUUCUGAUUUUUUUAAACCACAUUUUGUGUUAUUAUACAUUAAAAUUAAUUAGACAACAAAAACGUCAAAUCGUAAUCAUUAAGAUUUUAAAUUUUAGGCUUUUAAAGCCAAACCACUCAUUGACUUGGGUACAUUUUGUCAAACAAAUCUGAAUGUAUUCUAAUUAAUUUAGGUAAAGUCCUUCCAGCCAUUAACAGUAGCCAAUUUAGUUUUUCAUAUUCUUGUAAAUUGCAUGACAUUUACCCUAAGUUUUGAGAUUUAAAGCCAGUGGACACUAUUGGUAAUUUUCAAAGACUAGCCUUCACAGUUUGUGUAUCUCAAUAUAUGCAUAA